AUGUUUAGUCGAUGUAGAAAUAAAACCAAACCCAUGUUGGAUUACAAUCAUAUGCGGGAAUCAGAUGAAUCUCUUAAAGAAAAGGUCACCAAAUUAAAUGUUUUUGAGUGGAUAGUUCAGCGGAUGUUAGCAAACCCAUAUAAAAAAGCUGAUGCUGAAUCUAUUCUCACUUGGAAUUAUUUUAGUGAGAAAGGAAAGCCACUAACUAAUGGUUUCUUCCAAAGGGACCAGUACGUAAAGAAAGAGGAUAGAGAUUCCAAAAAAACGUUAGGAUGA